CACUGCCUCGCCGCCGCCGCCUCAGCUGCAGCGCGGCCGCGCACACCCGGCUGCGGUCGCAGCAGCGCCACGCGAGCCUCGCCGCCCGCCCGCCCGCCCGCCUGCCCGCUCCGCCACCACCGCGCUUUCUCCCGGGCUCCCUCGCCCCCGCCCCUCCCCCUCCCGCACACUGGGGGGCUGGGAUCGCGCUGCCAUGUGAUGUGCGUCCCCUCCGCGAGCUCUCGGUGACCCCCGAACCGCCCACCGCGCCGGCUGCUGGGAGGGGGCUACGGGCUGGGAAGACGCGGCGCAGAGGAGGCGGAGAAGGACGCAAAGUUCCCGGGCGAGUGCAGCUGCCUGCUUCAGGACGUGAGGGCUCCAGGAACAAGGAGAAUCUUCCAGCACUGCUUCACAUUGUGCUAUGCCUGGUCCCUCACUCCCAUCCCUACAGCAUGAACAAGGUGGACAAUUACUGACCAACCACAAGAUUGCCCUGCAAAACUUUGGGGUCCAUGUCUGAAUGGAUUGCUGUAGCCUUCUCAUCUCUCCCUUUGCCCAGUACCCUGCGUCCUAAGACUCGAAGCCGGGACAGGACCUGGAAAAAUUAUAUAUCCAAGACGCUCAAGAAACAUGAAGGAAACUAUACCAAGGCACAUCCUAAUCAAAUUGCUCCAAAAAAAGUGAUAAAGAGAACAUCUUAAGUGCAACAGAAGGAAAAAGACGUUACACACAGAAGAACAAAGGGUGUGAACGGCAUGUCUGUGGAUGAGAAGCCUGACUCCCCCAUGUAUGUGUAUGAGUCCACAGUCCACUGCACCAACAUCCUCCUGGGCCUCAAUGACCAGCGCAAGAAGGAUAUUCUCUGUGACGUGACUCUGAUCGUGGAGAGGAAGGAGUUCCGUGCGCACCGGGCUGUGCUGGCAGCCUGCAGCGAAUACUUCUGGCAGGCACUGGUCGGACAGACAAAAAAUGACCUGGUGGUCAGUCUGCCUGAAGAGGUCACGGCAAGGGGCUUUGGGCCGCUGUUACAGUUUGCCUACACUGCCAAGCUGUUACUCAGCAGAGAAAACAUCCGCGAGGUCAUCCGCUGCGCUGAGUUCCUGCGCAUGCACAACUUGGAGGACUCCUGCUUCAGCUUCCUGCAGACCCAGCUCCUGAACAGCGAGGAUGGCCUGUUCAUGUGCCGAAAGGACACUGCAUGCCAGCGCCCCCAUGAGGACCAUGAGAACUCCGCAGGAGAGGAGGAGGAGGAAGAGGAGGAGACGAUGGAUUCAGAGACAGCCAAAAUGGCUUGCCCCAGGGACCAGAUGCUUCCAGACCCCAUCAGCUUUGAGGCCACUGCCGUCCCAGCAGCGCCGAAGGAAGAAGCCUUACUACCUGAGUCCGAUAUGCCCACAGACACCAAGGAGAACUCAGAAAAGGACACGUUGACACAGUACCCCAGAUACAAGAAAUACCAGCUUGCAUGUACCAAGAAUGUCUAUAACGCAUCAUCACACAGUACCUCAGGUUUCGCAAGCACAUUCAACGAAGAUAGCCCUGGCAACAGCCUUAAGCCAGGGCUUGCAAUGGGGCAGAUCAAAAGUGAGCCACCCAGUGAAGACAAUGAGGAUGAGAGCAUCACCCUCUGCCUGUCUGGAGAUGAGCCUGAUGUCAAGGAGAGAGCAGCGGAUGUUGAGAUGGACCGCAGACAGCCCAGCCCCGCCCCCGCCCCCUCCACUCCUGCAGGAGCCACCUGCACAGAUAGAUCCAGGAGCACGUCCUCACCUUCCUGCCUACGGUCUCUGUUCAGUAUAACAAAAGGUGUAGAGUUGUCUGGCCUGCCCAGUACAUCUCAGCAGCACUUUGCCAGGAGUUCAGCUUGCCCUUUUGACAAGGGGAUCACUCAGGGUGACCUUAAAACUGACUAUACUCCUUUCACAGGGAAUUAUGGACAGCCCCCCGUGGGCCAGAAGGACACCUCCAACUUCACAAUGGGGUCACCCCUCAGGGCACCUGGGUUGGAGGCUCUCUGUAAACAGGAGGGAGAACUGGACCGGAGGAGUGUGAUCUUCUCCUCAAGCUCUUGUGACCAAGGGGGCACUUCCGUGCAUUCGUACGCUGGGGUGAGCGGUGUGGACAAAGACCUCUCCGAGCCGGUGCCAAAGGGGCUGUGGGUAGGAGCUGGCCAGUCCCUCCCUGGCGCGCAGGCCUACCCCCACGGUGGGCUGCUGGCUGACCACUUGGCGGGAAGGAUGCGGCCCAAUACCAGCUGCCCAGUGCCCAUCAAAGUCUGCCCUCGCUCUCCCCCGCUGGAGACCAGGACCAGGACUUCCAGCUCGUGUUCCUCCUAUUCCUAUGCAGAGGACGGGAGCGGGGGCUCACCCUGCAGCCUCCCUCUCUGUGAGUUCUCCUCCUCGCCCUGUUCCCAGGGAGCCAGGUUCCUUGCCACAGAACAUCAGGAGCCAGGCCUGAUGGGAGAUGGAAUGUACACCCAAGUCCGACCCCAAAUUAAAUGUGAGCAGUCUUACGGAACCAACUCCAGUGAUGAAUCUGGAUCGUUCUCAGAAGCAGACAGUGAGUCGUGUCCCGUGCAGGACAGGGGCCAGGAGGUAGGGAACCCACGUAAAUUCAAGCAUGUGUGUGAGAAAGAGAAACUAUUGUCCGAGAGGAAUCAGCUGAAAGCGUGCAUGGGGGAACUGCUGGACAACUUCUCCUGCCUCUCCCAGGAAGUCUGCCGAGACAUCCAGAGCCCAGAGCAGAUCCAGGCCCUGCAUCGAUACUGCCCCGUCCUCAUCCCCAUGGAUCUCCCCGGAGCCUCCAGUGUUAACCCCACUCCACUGAGUGUAGAGCAGAACAUCACCGCCUCCCAGUGCGCAGUGGGGGAAAAUGUGCCCUGCUGCUUGGAGCCAGGUGCAGCGCCCCCAGGGACCCCCUGGGUACCCAGCAGCACCUCUGAGAAUUGUACCUCUGGGAGGAGGUUGGAAGGGACUGACCAAGGAACCUUCCCGGAGCGAGGCCCGCCUCUUGAACCCAGAAGCCAAUCAGUGACCGUAGACUUCUGCCAAGAGAUGACUGAUAAGUGUACAACUGACGAGCAACCCAGGAAAGAUUAUACCUAGUGACCCAGAUCUGCCUCCCAGGCUCCACACCUCUCCCAUCCAGGCGUUCUUCAGUCAGCCCGUGGCGCUGUUCCCCUGUUGUCUCGAAGAACCGAGAAGGAACUGGUGCACACUACAGCAGUCUCAGCAGCAAUAUGUCCUGACAUAGUCCCUCCUCUCUUCAAGCAGGAGUGAUAGAUAGUUACCUUCACAAUGGUGCUACCCCUUGCUCAGGCAAGGAAGACAACAGUGCCGACACUGUCUGUCUGUGGGUUAAUUUCAGUCUUCACAGGGAUAGACUACAACACCUCUAGGACCCAACCACGGAUUUUUUUUCUCAGUGGCCCAUGUCACAAACCCUAUCUCAGGAAUUUCUUCUGAAUGUUCAAUUUUUUUCAUUGAAGACAGCUUCUAUACACAUCAAAGUUUUAUAGCUAGACUGUACAUAUUAUAUAUAAUAUAUAUAAAAUAUAUAUAUAUCCAUAUGCAAAAGUCCUGCAUGCCUCAGUUUUCUCACUCUAAAACUGGAAACUUCAUUUCUCAUUUAUAAGCAGGUUCCGACAUUCCUCUCUUCUUUUGUCUCUGAUGCUCGAACUAAUUUGGUAACUGUUAACAUGGUUUUUCUUGCUUCAAUUUAAAUUUGUGCUUAUUUAUGGACAAAAUUCAGUGUUGGACACUUUUUUCAAGAUUUUAUUUUAGACUUUUUUUCUGUUUGUUUGGUUUGGCUUGGGCACCACCAAAUGGUGUGGUAUGAGCGUUGUGGGAUUGUUUUUUUGUCUGUUUGUGUUUUUUUUUCCUUACAGAUACUGUACAGUAAUGGUCAACUUUGCCACUUGCACUGAGUUUGAGUCAAGCUUAUUUUCUUAAAUGAAGUUGUAUCUUCAUAUAACUCAAGUAUACUGUAUUUCUUUGCUUUUAGUUAAAGAAGUAAAACAUUUUAGCUAAUUAAAAAGCACUCAGGUGAUAAUUAUGUAGGAAAAACAAUCUUGCCAAAUAAUGAAUUCAUCCUAGGAUGUGUAGACAAUAAUCUGCUGGAAUAGUUUUACAUUUCACCUCCUCCCCACCUUUCCCUAAGUGAGUGUAACUGCAGACAGAGUUCAGAACUGCUGGAUGCUCAGAUUUCUAAGUGGGGAGAGAGUUUGGACACCUUGUUCAGAAGCGCAUCAGAACAGCAGGAAUCUGAUUUUGUACCAGAACCUUUCAGGCAUCGGCUCCUAGAAAUCAAGGUAGAACUGGUUUCUCACCCAGGGAGAACAUCCCAUUCAUUUUCUUCCUUUAUCAGGCCUCAGCCUGCUCUUAGAAGUAGAACUCAGUAGGCCUUCUUUAAAGGACAGGGCUGACCGUGGCUGAACCCCGCUGUCCUGCGCAGGGCUGACCUCCCAGGACACUUCACCUGAAGGGACUUGAGUCGCAGCCCAAAGGUCCUGCCUUUCCAUGGCAGCUUUAGGAUAAUGCAGCUCAUUGAGAGUAUGAGAGAGCAGGGAAGAUUCAAGCGUGAGAUCCCUCCCUGACACAGACGAACCCAUCUCAUUCUCCUUUUCUUCACUUGCUCUGAGGUUUUUCUGCAGGUCUCUUGCCUGAAGCCAGCUUCAUCAGGAGGCUUUGAACAAGAUAUCUUCAGAAGCCCCUCGCUACCCUCUUCACACAGAGACACAAGGAUACAGACAUAGACAGACAAACAGACACACACGCACGCAUGCACUCUUACCCUCACCUGACAAUAAUUUUCUUCUCUUGCUGCAAAAGGGGUUGGCUUGCAACCCGGAGAGAGCAGCUUCCCUGGGCUCUCAGGUUGUUGUUGUGGCCCUUGGCCAUGUUUACAGGAAGGUGUGUCACAGGAGGAGGAAUCAGCUCCCUCCUUCCUGUGGUCCCCAUCUCCUCUUGAGGAGCAGCCCAAGGGCCACUCCCACCUGGCUGAGCAAGAGAGCCCGGAACAGUUUGAUGUGGGGCUGGGGUGGUGGGCAGUGGGGAAUAGAUGGUUGACUUUGUUUCUUUAUUUGUGCCAUUGUUUGGACAAUAUUAAAGCUGCAUGUAAAUGGAAAAUUUAGUAUAUGAUUAGUAGGCAAAAAGUGAAAUCAUAGUAACAUAUGUUUUAGUAUUAACUUUUUUCUGUACAAAUAUUAGCAGUAAGUCUUUAGAUAUGUAUGAAUGCCAGAAGUUUGUUGGUUCAUGCAGUAGGAUGAGGGGAAAAAAGGCUUUUCUUUUAAAAUAGUUUCACUUCUAAAACCUGCCUCUGGGUUUCUGUUUUUUCCUUGUGUGGAUGUAGGUGUGUGCUUGUCAGAGACGGGUUGUGAUGAGGCUCUAUGUUGGAGCCACUGUUUUCGUUACAGUUUUGGGAAUUCUUAGCCUAGUAGAACCAUUCUGUGCUUCACCAAGAAGGUUUGCCUUUGUGGAAAACUGGUGACAACUAGAAUUUUAACUCAGUGUGAAUCAUGUGAUACCUCCCAGGUGUGUGGUAUGGUGGAGGAGUCAGCAGACAGUAUUUUGUUCUCUAACUCUCUUGUUGCCUUCUUGAGUGACCUCUCCUCUUCUUUUAAAAAAAAAAAAAAAAAGGAAUGUUUUCUGCUUGUAUCAUAGCCAGGUGCAGGCCAGCUUCUUGGCUUGAUUUUUCCUGGUCCUAAGUCAUGUGCAGCUGGUAGUCUUGACUGCAUUCCAUCGGUUCCCCAAAUUUCUGUUGUUCUGCAGCCUGGACCUGUGUGGCAGCCCUUUCCAGGAGGGGAGGGGAGUCUCUUCAGUUCUCCCCACCCUAACCUAGCCCCUUUUUCAUCCUACAAGCCUCUACCUUGCUUUUCUUUCCUUUUCCAUCCAACCUCCGCCAUGGGAACUGACUUUUUUUUUUUCCUAAUUGCUCUAAAGGCUGUGAUUCUGUUUCUUAGAUAUUUUCAACCAAUUCUUUCAUUCAUUAUUCACCAGGAACAGUGACUGGCUUUGUGUAAUUGUUCAUAUGACAUCUCUAUGUCUUUUACUAUUCCGAAUCACUGCUUGUCAAAGUGACUUCUGAGCUGAUUCAAAGGAGGACUUGCUGGGGACCAGAAUGCAAAUUGCCUCAAGUGGAAUUUAAAAAAACUCAUUCUAUCUCUUUUCCCUGGGAUCUCCUAGUCAACCUCAGGCCUUGGGGGGAGGGGGCUUCAAGAUUGGUCUUGCUAGGUAAACUAGGCCAGCUUUGAACUCACUAAGUAGCCUAGGCUGUCUUCAAACUCAUGGUGAUGCUCCUGCCUCAGCCUCCCAGUACUGGGCUGACAGGGGUGUACCAUCACAACUGGCAACCUCAUGACUUUUGUAAAGAGGAAAAGCAAAUGAAGAACAAGAAAUAAAGGGCAUUGAGGUCGUGGGCUGUUCAGGAGAAUCACUCUGACAGCUUGGGUGGGUCUCCAAGUGGCUGGGACAGGACUGGGUUGCUGGACCAGGCCAGUGCAGGAAAUCCUGACCCUAAGUAAUAGCCCACCUCAACCUGGUCCUCCCCUGGGUCCACCUUUGUCCCAUCUGUGUCUCCAGACAACCUCCCUUCAUUCACAUCGUCAGGCUGCAGGCAGGCGAGUGCUUUGCUGUAUGUGUUUGCUUCUCUGCGUUAUCUGGGGGUGCCUUGAAUAAAAUCAAACUCCAUUACAUACUGAUUCUGGAACAAAGCAGUUACAAAAACCAUAAAAAGCUGGCAAAGCUGCUAGGCCAUCCUGCUACUUCUCCUCCGGGUUCUCUAUGAAUGACUCAGGCGUCAGAGGUGAUGCUGUCGUAUAAGAUGUUAUUGUGUAUGUUGUACAAGUAAUUUAUUGACUGUCUUUCUAAAGGUAUGCUGCUUUUUUAAGAUGCACUAUAAUUUGGGAUGUAAUCCUUGUAUUGCUUUUCCAAGGAAGUAAAAACAGAAAAAGGCUAAUGACUUAGUAUGCUAGCUGCCACUUCUUAAAAAGGAGCUUGAGGACCAGAACUGACUAAAACCUACCUACACUCUCUUUCAGCAUUUUGUGAUUGCCAUUAAAGAAAAAAGAAGUAUUUUAAAGUACAGCCCUUUUAAGAAACCUCAAUGUCAUGCCCCAGAAAGCUGCUCCACAUCCUAUAAUAGCAUAAGCGUCUCAGGAUGAAUAGAAUCCUGCAAACCUUUUGCAAAUCCCUAUUUGGCUCCACUUCUCUAUACAUUACACCCCACUUGAACCCUAAGUUGUUUUAUAAAUUACUUCAAACUGCUUCACUGUUGCUUACAGGUGCUCACAGUUUAGGAGGAAUUUCAAAUCUGGAAUGGAGCAAGAAUCAAGUAUUUCCUUAAACCACUGAAAAUAGAAGAACAAGAAUUUUUUUCCAAGAAUAAAGUUCUUCAUGUCAAGACUUAGUAUUUCUUCCCCAAAUUGAAGAUUUUGUUGUAGGUUCAACUUCUUGAAAGUCAGUGCACAAUGCAGCGCCCUGUGUGCAGUUGGUAUUCAUGAAGUCUGCGUGCAUGGAGGCAUUUUGUGUCUAAGGUGUAUGUUUAGAACACUGCCCGAGCCAUCUCAUGACACAAGCAUCAGAGACUGGUGCUAUAGAAUAGAAUAUAUUUGUACACAUAGCACGUGCAAAUGGUAUUUGUACAUAGAAAAGACUUAUUGUGGCAGAUCAAGAAUAAAUUAUUUAACUGACAGCGCAAAAUCAUUACUUGCAAAGAAAAGUAAUUGUAUAGUAUUUUCCUAUACUCCACCCUGGGAGAUAAUAUUUAUAUCAGUGACUAUCGGUGCAUUUUAAUUGUAACAUGAAAAUGAUUCUGCCAUGUUGUGAGGAAUACCUGCUUGGUUGCAGAGGCCAAUUUUUGUAGCUUUGAUUUAAUGUUGUGACGUGAUGUGUGUACAUUUACAAACAAGCAAUGGAUAAACAGCUCGGACUUUCAUUUUCAUUCCAGUUUUUUUGACCUCAGAUAGAAACAGCGGCCCUUACAAAAGCAGACGUGCACCGAGACCAUUUCAGGUGGACUUUGCAUUCAGUGCCAAAUGCUCCCAUGGGGAUAAUCGGAUGUGCUUAUCAGGAAAGAGGAAAGAGACUUGGACAAAGAGGGGUUUUCCUACAGAUCCAUGUUGAGUCUUCUACCAAAACGUGUCUGGAGGCAGAAGGGUGGCAACCACUUGAGUCCCAAUGAAGCAUUUGGGCACGCACACGCUGGGAUGAGCGUUCAUACUCUACAAGAACCUGGCACUUCUAGUGAGCUGUCAGGAAGACUGCAAAUGCGUUUGGGAGCUUCGGGUGCUUGUUAGGCACAGUGAGCCAUCAAGGCAAGAGGGCCUGAGAGAAUUUGUUCCAGAACCAGUCUAAUCCAAGUGCACCUCUAAUAUAUGCCUUACAAACUCCAGAGGCCAUAUUCAAAACAGGGUCUUCUCGGUGUAUGCAAGGGGCUGCAGCCCCUCUUCUCUUCCUCCCCAGGUUGAACAAUACGGACAGUUUCCACACAUAUCUACCUGUAUAACCCUCUGUACCUCUCAUAACUGGUCAACGACUGUAACAGGUUACAUCAGGUGUUUUUCUACAUACUUUUUACACAGAUUCUAUGCGAUUAAUGUAACUUAAUUCAAUGCAUCAUUUUAUUGUACUAGUUCUUAGGCUUGUCCUUUUUUUUUUUUUUUCUAAGUGAUUGUGGUUUUUCUUGUGGUUUUUAUUGUAAAGAUGAAAUGGCUGUUAAUGCUUACUCUCUGUAACUAAGAAUUUUUACCUUUUUGGGGGAAAAAAGGCAUUGCUAUGAACUAAUGAAACUUCAUUUAUUCAUUGUAAAUACACUAUUGUGCAAAAAAUUUUCACUCAGUUGAAUUGCUAGUGUUAACUGAAUUUUGUCUAGACACCAUUUCUGUUGAUGAAAUAAAGACAUAUCAUUAUGCA